CCUACGCUUUUUUUUUCUAACUUCUGUUUCGCAAAGGUAUUAACCGCUACGUUGCAUUCAAUAAGUUGAAGUAACGAUAAUCUCUAAAAGAAAGUGUAAAAUCGGGAUCUGAAAUGUCACAACACUUUCCAAGGAAAUCUAUUGGCUAAUCGCUCUGCAUGGAAAAGAAAUUAUUGUAUACUGCACCUGCGAGAUUUUAAGAUAAUGACAACAAUAAGCAGUGUCAACCUUUUUAUUGAUGCAAUGUUGAAUGUACACAAUUCCAUACAUUACAAAAUUGUGACUAUGAGAGUUUUGGAGCAUGGAAUUUAUCUUUUACUGCUGAUUCACAUACCUGCAUGUAUAUUUCAAUUUUGCACAACAGCAUGUGUGUUACAAAUAGAAGAAAGUCUUGUAAACGGGACAUCAUUGUGGUUAAGAACUAAAUUUGAUCAAUAUCUCGUAGCAGUGUAUGUGGUAUCAGGAUAUGUUACAUUUAGAGGGAUUGCACAUUUUGGAUCACAAAUGUGUAUAGUCAUGAAAACAAUUUUGUUAGCUGCCAAUUUUUCAUCAUUUUUAUUGAUUAAUGGAUUCAUACUGGCACAUUCAACAUCAGCACUUAUUCAGAGUAAAUACCAGUUUUUACACCUCUCAAAUCGGCUGACAGUUGUGAAACGAUUUUUGGAUGGCACUGAUGUUUCACCCAAGCUGAGGCAGAAAGUCAUGCAGUAUUAUGACUAUUUAUGGAAAAAGAGGUACAGAGUAAUAAACAGCAUAAAGUUGCCAUUCUUGCCUCAAUCUAUAAUGAGUGAAAUAACUUUGGACCUUUCUUGGGAUUUAUACAAGCAUGCCCACUUGUUUAAAGUUCUCCCAGUUUCUUUCUGCCGGAACCUAGCAAAACAUGUAAAAUAUGAUUUCUAUCAACGUGGUGAUUUUAUUUUUAUGAAGAAUGAAGUGAAAGAUAGAAUGGUCUACAUUUACAGUGGAAAUGUGCAGAUACUUGCAACUGAUGAUGAUGAGACUGCACUUUGUUCACUGUCCACUGGAACAUGUCUUGGAGAAGCUUCUCUUGUUGUAGGACUCAUAAAUAAAUUCAAUGUCAAGUGUUCAUCAUACUGUGAAGUACUUUCAUUAGAGAAAAGAACAUUCACAAAACUAAUUCAAAACUAUCCCAUAUUUCUUCGAUAUAUUCUUAAACGUAUUAAUGUAAGUACCCUGUGUUUCAUCUCCAUUUUUUAUAUGAGUUAUUUGUUUUUACAAAUAUUGUUUAGUAUUUACGCUGAUGAAACAUUAGACAUGUCAUGCAAGAGUCAAAUGAGUGUUAUAUUCAGGUACUGUAUUGCAGAUAAAAUUAAGGAAAGAUUCGUUGGAUUUUACGAUGUUUCUGGAGAUAAAACUGCUGAAGGUUUGUCAAAUAUUAUUCAUGCAUUAGGAAAGUAUGGAAUGUGUAAGGAAAAGUGGAAAGAAUUGUUGCGUAAGUUAUUGUUAGAAAGAGAAGAGGAUGGAGAAGAAAGUCUCUUAAGAAAUAUUGACUUGAAAGACAAGUCCUACAUGAUUAGCGCAGCAUGGAAUAGUGCAAAGGAAGAGAAUUUGGAGAAAGCCUGGAAUAAAAUUUUGGACACAGAAGAAAAUUCACAAGGUAUGAUUGAAAAUAGUGAACAGAAUGAUAUGUCCGAAAUUCUUGGUAUGCUAAAAGAAAUAGAUUGCCACGAAUGUGAUGAAGAAGACAUUCAUGAAUGGAUGAAUAUCGAUGAUGCAGAUCCAGGAGACCAAAUCAUGCAGGACAGUGAGAUUGUAAGUGUCGUCACUGAUAAAGAUGAUGCCGCCAGCAUCUCAUCAAUCAGUGCUCCAGAAAGUGAAGAUGAAAGUAUACCGACAGCUUCUGAGGUGUUCACUUGUUUAGAUACUGCCUUGCGAUGGUUUGAAGCUCAAGAUGAAAGUGACCAGUUUUAG